UUUAAAUGCCUGAACUGCUGGAAGUGCUAUAAAAGUUCCCAGGAACUGGUGUCCCAUCAACGUGUUCACACUGACGAGAGACCAUUCGGCUGCUCUCACUGUGCGACUAGGUUCAAGCAAUCAUCUGACCUCACUAAACACCAGCGAGUUCACACUGGGGAGAGGUCGUUCACCUGCACCAGAUGUGGGAAGGGAUUUGUUCACUCCUCCAACCUGCGAAGACACCAGCGAGUUCACACAGGGGAGAGACCUUUUAAAUGCUCGGAUUGCGGGAAGUGCUAUAAAAGUUCAGGAGAACUGAUGUCCCAUCAACGUGUUCACACUGAUGAGAGACCGUUCAGGUGUUCUCACUGUGGGACUGGGUUCAGGCAAUCAUCUACCCUGCUGAGACACCAGCGAGUUCACACUGGGGAGAGGCCGUUCACCUGCUCCAGGUGUGGUAAGGGAUUUUCUCACUCCUCCAACCUACUGAUACACCAGCGAGUUCACACUGGGGAGAGACCUUUUAUAUGCCCAGAUUGUGGGAAGUGCUAUAAAAGUUCUGGGGAACUGAUGUCCCAUCAACGUGUUCACACUGAGGAGAGACCGUUCAGGUGCUCUCACUGCGGGACUGGGUUCAGGCGAUCAGCUGACCUCACUGUACAUCAGUGCACUCACACUGGGGAGAGGCCGUUCACCUGCUUUGAGUGUGGGAAGGGAUUCACUACCUCAUCCCACCUGCUAAUACACCAGCAAAUUCACACUGGGGAGAGGCCAUUCACCUGCUCCGACUGUGGGAAGAGAUUCACUCAGAUAUCCCACCUGCUGACACACCAGCGAGUUCAUACUAGGGAGAGGCCAUUUAUCUGCUCCGAGUGUGGGAAAGGAUUCACUACCUCAUCAGAAUUGCUGACACACCGGCGCACUCACACUGGGGAGAGGCCAUUUACCUGCUCCGAGUGCAGGAAGGGAUUUACUUGUUUAUCCCACAUGCUGACUCACCAGCGAAUUCACACUGGGGAGAGGCCAUUCAUCUGCUCCAAGUGUGGGAAAGGAUUUGCUCACUCAUCCAACCUGCUGAGACACCAGCGAGUUCAUACUGACAAGUAACUUUUUAAAUGCCCAGACUGUGGGAAGUGCUAUAAAAGAUCAGAGGAACUGAUGUCCCAUCAAUGUGUUCAUACUGACUAGAGACCGUUCAGGAGCUCUCACUCUGAGACUGGGUUCAGGAGGUCAUCAGAUCUCAUUACACACCAGUGAGUUCACACUUGGGAGUGAUCGUUCACCUGUUCCAAGUGUGGGAAUGUAUUCUCUCAGUCAUCCCAACUACUGAGACACCAGCGUGUUCACACUGGGGAACCUGUUCUGUGUGUGGGAAGAAAUUCGGUCGUUUAUUCACUCAGCUGAGUCACCAGCAAGUUUAGAAGUAACGAUGGUGACUAAAUUUUGCUGUUAAUUGCAUCCAGGACUGAAUCAUGUUCAUUGGGUCUGUUUCUGCUGAUAUAAAUAAACUCCAGCCCAGAAACAGGUGUUAAUAUUCUGGACAAAAGUCAAAUAGAUCAGCUUUGCUUUAAACAUAGCGUGUUGACUCUUUUUAAUAUUGCUAACACAAUUGAGUUCUUUUGUAGGGCUCUCGCUCUCCCCUGUCUCCUCCAUCCUCAGCUCCAGCAAAAAGGUGUGAAGAGCUCAUGCAGCUUCCUUGUACUAAGAUUGAGACAAUCUGAUCAGCUGCCUCUGCUGCUUCCCUCUCUUCCACAAACCCAUCAGGCCAAACUGCCUCUGAAGCUGCCCCUUCUCCAAGCCCUGAACCUGCAUCUUUCUCCACCUUUUCACUAUCUACCCUAAUGCCCUCUCAGAGCUCAUCUUGUCCAUGAGACCCACCUCUUCCCUAAAUCCUAUUCCCAUUAAACUGCUGAACACUCCACUUGCCCAUGUUCACUGAUGUUGUUCACAGUUCUCUUUUCUCGGACACGGGGAACAAAAGAACGUCAAAAACAGGAGCAGGAGGAGGCCAUUUGGCCCAUU